AUGAGUUCUCUGUACUUGUGUCGUGAUUGUUCGGGUGCAUUUCACAGUUUGGACGAGUUACAAAGGCACGAAAGGGAUGAACAUGAGAUGAUUAUGGAAGCAGAUCCAGAUAUGGAUGAUGAUAAAAUUGGAGAUGAAAAUGAUGAGAUGACAAUGAUAAAAGUGAAAAUUGAAGACUCGGACAGUCUAUCCGACACAGACUCCUCCCACAUUUCCAUGAAUCCAACGACGCCUUCAGAGAAGUCAUCUGGAGAUAAAGCACGAUAUGAAUGUGAAGAUUGUCAUGAGAUGUUUGCAGUGAAAAGAGAAUUGGCAACUCAUAUGAGGAUUCAUAGUGGAGAGCAACCACAUAGUUGUACUCAAUGUGGAAAAGAGUUUGGAACUCGUCAAUUACUGAAAAAGCAUUGGAUGUGGCAUACCGGAGAACGAUCACAUGUCUGUCCACACUGCAAUAAAGCAUUCUUUCAGAAAGGUCAUCUCACUCAACACUUGAUGAUUCAUUCCGGUGGCAGACCUCACGAGUGUCCACAAUGUCACAAAACAUUCAUUUUUAAGUUCGAUCUGAAUAGGCACAUGAAGAUUCAUCAAGAACGCGGAUUCUCGUGUUUACAGUGUGGAAGGUCGUUUUUGAAACAAGUUAUGCUGGAUGAGCAUCAUCUGAAAUGCAAGGGAAAACCAUCCUCUCCCAUCCGUUCCUUGCUGACGCCUACCAUGAAAGCUGGUCUAGAAAAUGCAUUCGCCGUGAAGCAAGAACAAAUUGUUCUCUCACCUGAAACGAUUGCAAAGAUGGCACAGAAGCUGUUAAUUCAACAACAAGAGAAUCAGAGAAGUGCAUUUAAAACACUUCUGGUGAAGCAACAAGAGAAUAUUCUCAAUAAUAAUAACAAUAAUGAAACGAAUAUUCUGAAAAAUGAAGAUAUCAAAGUUGGAGGAUUUGAGAUUCCAGCUCCCACCCUGCCCAUCAAUCUGACUUGUAUGCUCUGUAAAUCUCAAUUCAACAAUCAGUCAUCAUUCACUCUUCACAUGUACAUGCAACAUUUCACAAAUCAGAAUCCCCACUUAUCGAUUGAUUCCACUCUUCUGAAUCUUCCACAUCAUCAUCACUCCCAUCCAACAAUUUCAUUGGGAAACGAGCCAACACCUCUCGGUUCUGAUUCCGAUCCAGCAACUGACACCUCGUGUGCCUCCAGUCCUCAGAAGACGUCUCCUCUUCAACUUAUGGAGUCUUCAUGCUUGGAACAGAGCUCCGUGAGCCCAUCGAGUUCAUCCGGUGCCUCUCCUCAGCCAACAAUUUCUGAAUCUUCUACUACUUCUUCGUGUAAAGAUUGUACGAAUAGUUGGCAGAGAGUUCAUGAUUUGGAGCAACAAGUAUUGAAGAAGGACGAGGAAUUCGAGAAUUACAGGCAGAUGACUCGACAGCUAAUCUCGAACGUUUCGAACUUCCUGACGACAACGGCAACUCCUGAGAAUAUGUUCAUGAUGAAUGCAGCGAAUGUGUUCACUCAAAUCAAAAAUACUCUUUAG